GGGAGGAGGGGCGCGCCGAGGGGGCGCCGGCGCGGCGAGGGCCUGCUCUGUGCACUUGCAAACGAGCGGCGCGCAGAGGGGGCGCCCGGCUCUCACCCGCCAGCCGCCUGUCACCACGGGCACGGGCGGCGCGGCGCCCGGGACGCGGAGGGCGCGGGCGGGGGCGGGGCAGAUCGUUAUUCUGCCGUCGCCCGGCGCGGCCCCACAGCCGCUCGCAGGCAAACUCCGCGGCGGGCACGGCCCCACGGCCCGGCCCCGGCCCGAGCAGGCGGCGCGCGGCGGGAGGGCGCGGACCAGCCUCCGCCAGCCCGGACCGGGCCGAAGGCGAGCGGGGCGCGGCGGCCCCGGGAUCCCGGACGGCGCCCGCGGGCUGAGGGGGACCUGGCGCUGAAGUCCGGAAGGCCAGGCAAUCCGUCGCCAUUGCUGCUUCUCCCUCAGGACCCUGGGCUCCGGGCUCCAGGAAGGAACGGACAUCCAGAGAAGUCAAUAACUUUUCCCAGGGUGCUCUGGUAGGAAGAGGGCCGCCCCUUCGGCGUGGUGAUGAGUGUGCGGGUUCAGCCCCAGCGGGCAAGGAUGGAGAGCCACACCCAGGAUGGCCAAAAGUGACGCCCACCGGUCCCUGAGUAGAAUGACUGCCCUGGGAGGGUGGUUGCCCAGGCCCUGGCAGGACUGCUGACCCUCAGCCUGCCUGUGAACUGCCAAGAGCGGGACUCCAGACUCUUCUGGUAGAUGGUCCCGUGCUUGGCAGCAACACCAUGAGGUCCCUUGUGGCCCCCCUCUUGCUAGCUUGGGUGGCUGGUGCCACUGCUGCUGUGCCCGUGGUACCCUGGCGAGUGCCCUGCCCCCCUCGGUGUGCCUGCCAGGUCCGGCCCUGGUACACACCCCGAUCAUCCUACCGCGAGGCCACCACCGUGGACUGCAAUGACCUAUUCCUGACGGCCGUGCCCCCUGCACUGCCCGCAGGCACGCAGACCCUGCUGCUGCAGAGCAACAGCAUCGUUCGUGUGGACCAGAGCGAGCUCGGCUACCUGGCCAACCUCACAGAACUGGACCUGUCCCAGAACAGCUUCUCGGACGCCCGAGACUGUGAUGUCCGUGUGCUGCCCCAGCUGCUGAGCCUGCACCUGGAGGAGAACCAGCUGACCCGGCUGGAGGACCACAGCUUCGCGGGGCUGGCCAGCCUGCAGGAGCUCUAUCUCAACCACAACCAGCUCUACCGCAUCGCCCCCAGGGCCUUCGCCGGCCUCGGCAACCUACUGCGGCUGCACCUCAACUCCAACCUGCUGAGGGCCGUGGACAGCCGCUGGUUCGAGAUGCUGCCCAACCUGGAGAUCCUCAUGAUUGGCGGCAACAAGGUGGAUGCCAUCCUGGACAUGAACUUCCGGCCCCUGGCCACCUUGCGCAGCCUGGUGCUGGCAGGCAUGAGCCUGCGGGAGAUCUCCGACUAUGCCCUGGAGGGGCUGCAAAACCUGGAGAGUCUCUCCUUCUACGACAACCAGCUGGCUCGGGUGCCCAGGCGUGCGCUGGCGCAGGUGCCCGGACUCAAGUUCCUAGACCUGAACAAGAACCCGCUCCAGCGGGUGGGGCCCGGGGACUUUGCCAACAUGCUGCACCUCAAGGAACUGGGGCUAAACAACAUGGAGGAGCUGGUGUCCAUCGACAAGUUUGCCCUGGUCAACCUCCCCGAGCUGACCAAGCUGGACAUCACCAACAAUCCCCGGCUGUCCUUCGUCCACCCCCGUGCCUUCCACCACUUGCCCCAGAUGGAGACCCUCAUGCUCAACAACAACGCGCUCAGCGCCUUGCACCAGCAGACGGUCGAGUCCCUGCCCAACCUGCAGGAGGUGGGUCUCCACGGCAACCCCAUCCGCUGCGACUGUGUCAUCCGCUGGGCCAAUUCCACAGACAACCAUGUCCGCUUCAUCGAGCCACAGUCCACCCUAUGUGCUGAGCCGCCGGACCUCCAGCGCCGCCCAGUCCGCGAGGUGCCCUUCCGGGAGAUGACGGACCACUGCCUGCCCCUCAUCUCCCCCCGCAGCUUCCCCCCCAGCCUCCAGGUGGCCAGCGGAGGGAGCCUGGUGCUGCACUGCCGGGCGCUGGCCGAACCAGAGCCCGAGAUCUACUGGGUCACUCCAGCUGGGGUUCGACUGCCGGCUGCCCACACAGGCAGGAAGUACCGGGUCUACCCGGAGGGCACCCUGGAACUGCAGAGGGUGACCGUGGCAGAGGCAGGGCUGUACACCUGUGUGGCCCAGAACCUGGUGGGCGCUGACACUAAGACGGUGAGUGUGUCUGUUGGCCGGGCUCCCCUGAAGCCAGGCUGGGACAAGCGACGGGGGCUGAAACUCCAGGUGCAGGAGACCCACCCUUACCACAUCCUGCUGUCUUGGGUCCCCCCUCCCAACACAGUCUCCACCAACCUCACCUGGUCCAGCACCUCCUCCUCCCAGGGCCAGGGGACCUCUGCUCUGGCUCGCCUGCCUCGGGGCACCCACAGCUUCAACAUCACCCGGCUGCUUCAGGCCACUGAGUACUGGGCUUGCCUGCAGGUGGCCUUUGCUGAUGCCCACACCCAGCUGGCAUGCAUACGGACCAGGACUAAAGAGGCCACCGCUUGCCGCAGAGGCUUAGGGGACCAACCUGGGCUCAUAGCCACCGUGGCUCUCGCCAUCCUGCUGCUGGCGACUGUGCUAGCAGCCCACCUUGGCACUGGCCAGCCCAGGCAAGGGGUGGGUGGGCAGCCCCUCCUUCCUGCCUGGGCUUUCUGGGGCUGGACUGCCCCCUCAGUCCGCGUGGUGUCUGUGCCCCUUGUCCUGCCCUGGAAUCCGGGGCGGAAGCUGACCAGGUCCUCAGAAGGAGAGACACUGUCACCGCCAUUGUUGCAGAACUCCUGAAGCUCAGCCUGACCACAGCAGCAGAAAAAUAACAGGACUACUUUCUACCAAAAGGGAAGCAAUUUGGGCCAGAUGCCCUGCCAGGGCAGUGACACGGACCCGCGUGCUUGAGGCCUGGCAGCUGGACCGAGACAGAUGGGGCUCUGUGGCUCUAGGAGAGGGGGCUGCUCCUGCAGCCUCUAAUAAUCACCCCGACCUGCUGGGGGCCCGCCGGCUGCCAUUCUGAGGGGAAUUUCCAAGGAACAGGAAGGACUCCGGCUACAGCCUCCCACCUCGCCAGCUGUCUGCGUGCCCAGAAGCUCCUGGGCCUCUCCUGGAUGUGCCCUGCCUGUGUCCCCGGGCCCUUGGCCCACAGGAUGCCACCCCCUUCUUUGUGCAGUCUCCAUUGCUUGCUCUUCCCCUCCUGGGCAAAGGCUGAAGGAGGCCUCUCCUCCCCACUGUGGGGUAGCACUCCCGAAGGACAUCUGGGGACAGGGGUGCCCAGGAACACCUCGUCUUGGCAGCCCAGGUGGGCACUCUGAAGUUGACUUUCUACAGGCAAUUUUGUACCUUUGUGGAGAAAUGUGUCACCUCCC